UUCAUGCAUCAAAUUUGAUCCCAUCUGCAAUGGCCUUUGCUUGAUCAGCAAUAUUAUGCAAAUAUGCAACUUUUCUUCUCACAAAUUUCUUUUCUUGGUGAAGAUCCUGCUAUGUCUUGAAGUUUUAAUUUCUAUAUUAUGUACUUCAAGAGCUGUUUAAAUCCCAUGCACAAAUCAUAAUUUGGUAGAAACAUGCUAAAUCCUAUGUUUAAAUCCUGCUAUGUUGUGUUCCUUUCUUGGUCAAGACAAAUUUCUAUGAGGUGACAGAGUUGCUAUUUUUAUGCUCACAUGAUCACUUUUGUUACAAAUUUGACAAGGAUUUGCAAUGAACUCCAAUAAUAACGGUUCAGGUGCAUAUUCUUUGCUUAGCGACAGACAGGGAGCAAGAAUACUGAAUGCUUCAGAUGAAGUCAAACUUAGCCAUAAUUUAGAGCUAUUCAGCGAGAGCUACAGUACUACAACUUAUGGUAUUUCAAAGUUAAAUGAGUGGCAUGCAUCAUCUGUAUGUUCAAAUGCACAUGGGGGAAGUGAUUAUAAACUGAGGGCGUCCUGUUGCAGACAUCAGCCUACAAAGUACCAGGAGUUCACAAUGUUCUUAAUUCACUUGCGAUAUAUGCAGCCUGAGAAACCAAGGUCCAAUCUUUGGAAUGUUACUGGUAGAGAUCUGGCAGCGUCAAUUGUUGGUUUAUCAGCUGAAUUCAUCCUUUCCCUGACAGAUGUGGUCAAGAGGUUGCUGGUCUCAAUAAACGCUGAUCCUGAUCGUGAUGUAGUUAUCCUGACAUUAGGAGCAGGAGAUGUUGCUGCAGUGGGCCGAAAACUGCUCCACGAGCUGUAACGAUUAAGCAAAUGAUGAUGGAAUAUGCGCGCGCUUUGGAAGAGAAUGCGACAAAAGAGAUUUUUUUUUGGAAAAAAAGUGAUUCUUGGCAACUGCAAUUGCAAGAUACGGCAGCGCAAUAUGUCACCUAUGGCAAGCGGAUGAGUUCGCAAGGAAGUCAGUUUCCUAGGUGGAGAGGCCGGAUGAUAGCAUCAACAGAACCAAGUGCAAAGAUCACUGGGAACGAUUCUGCAGUUGAAAAGAAAAACUUUUCAAGCAGAAAUUAAUUUAAGGAUAAAGGAAGGCCAUGGAACAUUAUGGUUUCCAGUUUUCCAGCUCAUCGAGACUACAGGUUUAUCCGCCUUCUUUGCCCAAGUAAAGUGCACAUUGGCCGCAAAAAAGAUAGAAGGGGCCAAAAACAGGCAUUUACAUGUUUAUAGCCAUAAGUGCUAGGAUAAUUUAUGUAGAUGUACAAUAAUUCACGCUAUUACUUGACGCUUGUGUGUAAUUAGUACUUCUAAGGUAAAUUUGUGAUUGGGCUCAAUUUCAGAGGUUCUCUAGUUUUGAUUGCAAA